CCACGCGUUGAGGCUGGUUGGGCUUACUCGCAUUAGCUUCGCAACGAAACUGUUACGGGGAUCAUUCGGUGAGGAGGGCCUAAAGACAGUGUUUGUCCGGCGAGGAGGGCCUAAAAACAGUGUUUCUCCGGCGACGUUGUUCUAACCCCGGCUAAAGUGCAGUGUCUAACCAAGUGGCAAAGAUAGAGAGAAGCGUAGCUUGAGAUCAUAAAGCUGCAGGGAAGUCUGCAUGGGUUCUUUUUAUCGCCUGUUGUACACCAGUGCUUUCAUUUCAUUGAUAUUGUACCCCACAGUAUUGUUGUCAACCCCGUUGUACAUAAUGUCGAACCAGGCACAACCACGCGCGCAGCUGCGAAGUACCUGCAAUGCAUGCGCCGAUGCAAAAAUUGGAUGUACCAAAGAGAAGCCGUCAUGUGCUCGCUGCGUGCGACGAGAAGAGACCUGUGUCUAUGCUGUUAUUCGCCGAGCGGGACGUCCUGCUGUGAAGAAGACCAAAGUGACGACCGAUGGCCCCACCACGACACAGCAGUUUGUAUCUGCCACCGAUAGUGGUAUGCAAAUGUCCAAUCCAAUCUCUGCUACCUCGGGAGCACAAGAGCUCCUCACAAUGGCGCAAGCGCCUGAUGCUGUGAUGAUCGACCAACCUUCGUCAUCCACCUCGCCACAGCUGUCCAGUGACAUAUUCAAUGCUUCCACUCCAGACUUCGCGGACUUCAGCGGGCAGGCAUGGUCUGGCAAUUCGGUGCUGCAAACGGUACCGGAAACCAUAGGCGACGACUUCGACUUCCUAGCGUCUCUUACCUUGCCGCCUGACUUCGAUCCUAAUCCCGAUUCGGUGCUCAACCACAACGACUUCGAAUUUUCGUUCACGCCUUCCAGCACCGACAUCCCAGACCGACAAGUUCUAUUUCCGAUUGAGGUAUCCACGGUGCCCAUAGGAGCCGGGCAAAUUUCAGAACAGGCCAACCUUCGGCAGAUCCCGACCACAACAAAAGCAAAGUUGGGAUUGGUGGAUUGGUUCUCAACGAGCAACAGCAGCACAACCAGCGGCUCUCCCCGGUCGAUCCCUACUCCGCCCGCACGCAGAGAUUCGGUGUUGGGCCAGGUUGCUCCGAGCUCGCCGUCAAAUUGUGGUUGCAGUGCGAAGGCGCAUGCAGUCUUGCGUGAGCUGGUCAUGGACAAACAGAAAGGCGAGACGCAUACUCUACGCCAGCUGGAGUAUGUGCUGUCGCAGAACCAGACAGCGAUGGAGACGACUAAUGCUGUGCUCGCCUGCCCUUGUGCCAAAGACAUCUCGUCACUAUUCACGCUGGCGCUGGUCGUGUUCAAGACGCUUGGCUGGUACGCAGCAGCGGCAUCAGCAUGCCACGCAAACGUCACCAGCCUACAGCCAGACGAGCUGGCAAAUCAGGCAUCGUUAACCGUACGGCUCUCGGCGGACGGCCUGCCCGGCUACGAGCUGGACGGUGAGGAUGGGAACCACAUUGUGCGGCAGCUGGUAUUGUCGCGCCUGCACCAGGUGCAACGGGUGGUGAAGGUCUUGUCGCAGCAGCUGCAUUCGAUAGCGGAGAGGGAGCAGCGGUCACGGGCGACUAGCAGCGGCAAUGGCAUCGAUGCCACGGUGAGGGACCUGCUGUUCGACGACAACCCGUUCGACCAGACCAUGUCGCAGAGGCUGGCGCAAGUGUUGGAGGCCAGUAUGCGCGCUCGAUUGCGCGAUCUGUCUCAGGCGUUAUUGACUGCACUGCGAGACGGUGCACCCUGAUGACUUGCAUGUAUGUAUGGGGGUCAGAACUUAGGAUGCGGUCAGAAUUCAGGACGGAGCUCGGCUCACCCUACGUGCCAAAAGCAAAAGUGUGGCUGACAACGGCUGCUAACGCCGGCCCGCCGGGACGCUCCGCAGGUUACCUGAGCUUUCGAGCGGUGAGAUCAAGAUGAAAACUCCAAGUAUACAGUAGAGGUGAGAUUAUGUCACGAAACUCUCUGAACUUGAGGCCAAGCCUCGGAGAUGCUUUGGACACCCCUCGGGCCAGCGAAGCCACAGUCACGUGCAUAGAGUAUAUAGUCUCAUCCGAACCUUAGGUUACUCCUAUAGACAUAGAUGCGUAAG